CUGUAAUACUGCACUUUUCUUUUCGUUCUUUCUUUUUUUCUUUAAUUUUUGGUUGUUGAAUGGAAUUUUUUUGUUGGUUACCCAAAACAAUACAGAAUUAACAUUUACUAAAACCCCAAAAAGAAAAAAUGGCGACGGUGCUCUCGCUUCACGAUCGAGGAAUAUUGACGGCUGUGAACAGUGGAGCAUCGAGUCUAUCGUUCGUUGGAUCCGGAUUCAUCGUGCUUUGUUACUCCCUCUUCAAGGAACUUCGCAAGUUCUCCUUCAAGCUCGUCUUCUACCUUUCUCUCUCUGACAUGCUUUGCAGUUUCUUUAACAUGGUCGGGGACCCGUCAAAAGGUUUCUUUUGUUAUGCUCAGGGCUACACCACGCAUUUCUUCUGUGUCGCUUCCUUCCUCUGGACAACAACUAUUGCUUUUACUCUUCAUCGAACUGUUGUUAGACACAAAACUGAUGUUGAAGAUUUGGAGGCUAUCUUUCACUUGUAUGUUUGGGGAACUUCGCUGGUUAUGACUGUCAUACGUUCUAUUGGUAAUGACCACACGCAUUUGGGAGCAUGGUGUUGGGCACAAACAGGUCGCACUGGAAAGGCAAUUCAUUUCAUAACGUUUUAUGUCCCACUAUGGGGUGCAAUUCUUUACAAUGGUUUUACAUACUUUCAAGUGAUACGCAUGCUGAAUAAUGCCACCCGUAUGGCAGUUGGCAUGUCAGAUCGUGCAUACCAGUUUGAUUCAAGGACAGACACGAAGGCUUUGAACCGGUGGGGUUACUAUCCACUGAUCCUAAUUGGAUCAUGGGCAUUCGGCACAAUCAAUCGCAUCCACGAUUUUAUUGAGCCUGGCCACAAGAUCUUUUGGCUCACAUUUCUUGAUGUUGGGACAGCUGGACUUAUGGGCCUUUUCAACUCAAUAGCCUAUGGUUUGAAUGCUUCAGUAAGGCGAGCAAUUUCUGAAAGACUGGAACUGUUUUGGCCAGAAAGACUUAAGAGAUGGUUCCCCAACAGUUCAAGACAUAGAAACCAACAGCAACAGAGUGAAUUGGUCUCCCUUAAAGUUCAGGACCAGCAAUAACUGGCAGUUGGACAUUUGCUCUUACCAAAACAUCAAGUGCGUUGCUAGCUUUGUCACAGUUUUGUAGAUAUUCCUUCUUUAAAUUGUUGGGAGACAAUUGAAGCUGGUGUUCGAGUGAAAACUAUAAUCGGAUUGGAUCAUUUCUUACCUUGACACUUCACAAGACUGAUGCAAUAGGAGGCAGCAUCUGUAAUUUUGAAAUAGACCACGGCCACAAAUGGGCGUCUCGCAAUGUGGCCCUUAUUUUUUAGCUAAUAGUGUCUCGUGCUUAGUUGUUCAUAUGCUGUUGUGCCCUGUUAGUUGAUUGGUUAACAAUUGUGUGAAGUUGGGAUUGAAGUAAGUUUGUUCGUUUGAUCAAUCAAUCGAUUAAUGAUUCUUGUAUGAUUCUGGUACAUUGUUAUCAUCAAAUUCUAGUAUAAAAUUGUUUAAA